AUGUCUCAUGGUUUGAAGGUCUCAUGGUAUCGGUGUUCUGUGGUUCUAAUGGUGCAAGACUGUGCUGGCAGAUGGAAAGGAGUUCAUUUCUCUAGGUUAUAUGGGUCAUGUGUGACAACGCCUCAAGCAGCUCAUAUGACGAAUGGGCAGCUUGGUGAAGACGUAACCUGUGCAUUUUUUUCAUCCUUGCGUCAAGCUUCAUGA